AUGAUGCUGCCCCUUUCAAUGUCGGCCUUCUUCGGCCUGGCAGCAGCAGCGGCCGCGGCUGUGCCCCGCGUUGCCGUGGUAGGUGCCGGCAUCAACGGUGGGUCCGCCGUCCACUUUCUGCGCGACCUGCUGGGUGACGGUGUCGACAUCACAGUCUUCGAGGCUAACCGUGAGCCGGGUGGCCGCACGUUGACGAGGAGCUUCGCCAACGUAACUGUGGACGUGGGAGGAACAGCCAUCUAUUCCAGGAACAGGUACGUCUCCGGCUUCGCCAAAGACUUCGGGCUGCAACCGCAGGCCGGCGACGACGGCGUCAAUUCGGACAUCGGCAUCUGGGAUGGCAGCAAGUUUCGCGUCCAGGUGGACUCGGACAGCCGCCUGGACAUGGGUGCCAAGCUUCUAUUCCGAUAUGGGUUCUCCCCUCUUCGCGUGAUUCCUGCGGUUCGCAAUGCGGUGGAUGGUUUCGACAAAAUCUACGACCUGCAAGAGGGGCAGAAGAGCUUCGAGACCCCGGCAGCGCUUCUGGACGCCCUGGGCGUGUUCAACCUAACCCAGACGUCUGCUUAUGACUUCUUCAAGAGUCUUGGUGUAGAGGAGAAGUUCGUGAAGGAGAUGGUCGACGGAGCUUCCCGGUGCAACUACAACCAGCCAGGCAGCAUGAACAGCUUCGCCGACUUGAUCUCGCUCGCCGGUGUGGGUGUUGGGGGCCAUGUCUUCGGCUUGGCCAAUGGCACUCAGGCCAUUUCUCGCGGGCUUCUGAGAUCGGCAUCCCGGGUCCAUCUCGGAGAGCAUGUCGUGAAGGUGGCCUCGAAUGGGACUGGUUACAUGGUGCAGACUACCCAGCGGUCCGAGCAGUUUGACGGCGUCAUCUUGGCGACGCCCAUGGAGCUAACAGCCAUCCAACUGCCAGCAGAGGCCAAGCAUGGCACAGGUAGGGGAAGGAAGUAUCAGAGGACUUACGUGACCUUCAUCCAUGGCGAGAUCAAUGAGACGUAUUUCGGGCCCAACGGGGCCGAGGCCAAGGAGGUCCCGGGCACCAUCCUCACCACAGAGGACAGCUCAUCCCCCUUCUCAUCCUUCGGGGUGCACAAGGUCUUUCCUGAUGGCUCCAUGGUUGUGAAGCUGUUUUCGCGACGCGACCUGCACGACGCAGACAUCAAGCCUUUGUUUCCCAGAGUCUUCGAGACCUUCAAAUACGUCUGGGCAGCCUAUCCCAAGCUCCAGCCGCUGGCCCGUGAGAACUGGGCGAGCUUCAGGCUGGACGGCCACGCUCUCUUCUACACCUCCGGGCUGGAGACGGGAGCUUCGGCCAUGGAGGUAGCCGCCAUAGCCGGCCGCAAUGGUGCCUUGCUGAUGCGCGAGGCCUUGCAAAGACAGGAUCGAAGAGCCAAAGAGUCGAAGGAGGAGGUGCUCAGAAUGUAUCACAAGGUGCAUUCGAAGCCCCUUUUGAUUGAGCAAGCCUACGACUACGGCCGGGUCUUCAAGCAGCUCGGCUACUGGCAGCGGCUAGCAGUCGAGUCAUUUGUGAUUGUGGUGAUGUGUGGGCCUCAAGGCUUCGAGGAGGUUCGAUUCCGCGCCUCUCUGCUUUGGAAAGGGUCCAGCAAGUUCGCGAAACAGUACCAGGUACCACCUGAGUUUCCUGACAUUCUCAAGGACUUCACCCGAGAAGUUCUCCGCUCCCAACCGGAGAACAUCCAUGAAUUUGCUGCCAAGUAUUUCGAAUGCUUGGCGAGCGGCCUUCCAGCUGAUGCCGGGCAGGCAACUGCCGCAGAAGAGCUAGACAUGUCACUCGAUGAGGUCGAGGGAAUCAUCCAUGACCUCUUCAAGAAGUACGACAAGGAUGGAAGCCAAUUCCUGGACCCUGCAGAGUUCAAGUCUCUGAUGGAAGACCUACAGCAGCGGCUGGAUUUCCCGAAGGACGAGAUCCUCCUGUUCUUGGCUGAGGCGGACAUGAAUGCCGACGGAAUGAUCGAGUACGAGGAGUUUAUCCCGUUGGCCUUGCAGAUCAUCCAGGGCAUGUAUGCCAAGAAGCGACUCGAGCAGCACAUCUCCGAUGUGGACCUCCAAGCGGAAGAGCUCCUCGUCCAUGGAAUGUCCCGGGAGGAGUUGACCAGCCUGGUGGGAAGCAUGUUUGAGCGCAUGGACGAGGACCGCAGUGGGCAGCUGAACAAGCAGGAAUUCGUGACGGCAUUAACCUCCAUGGAACUUGGGCUGACCCGGCGGGAGAUCAAUGCCAUCAUGUUCCAGGUGGAUCAGGACCAGGACGGGAAUGUCUCCUACAGAGAAUUUGUGCCCUUCGCGUUCGACUUGCUUCAAAAGAUGGCGUCGCUUCGACUCUUAGAGUCCGAGCUCGAGAACGAUGAGCUGGCCCAGUUCAUCUUGGAUCUCUUCAAGGCCAAGGAUACCGAGAUGACGGGCCUGCUCGGCCUGGACGACAUGCGAGACUUGCUGCAUCAGGCGAUGCUGGGACUGACCCGCAUGCAGAUCUACACGGUUCUUAGCGAGGCAGAGGUCAACGCGGACAACCUGAUCUCCUACGCGAGCUUCGUUCCUCGAGCGGUUGGCCUCAUCCGCUCCAUGCUGUCCUUCGAGAAGGCCAUCGUGAAGAACGACUCAGUCGCGCAGGACGAGGAGAAGUUCUACUCAAUUUUGGACGAGGCCUUCACAGGCUCUACCGUCCUACCCCUGGCAGACGUGAUGACCCGGCUCUCCAGUGCCGCUCUCCUGGAUGGAAAGGAGGUCGAAGCCUGCAGCCGGAUGCUGGGUACCACCUACCCUGUGGACGAAGUUCCUGUGGAGGAGGCAAAGUCCCAGAUCUGGGCUCUGGUGAAGAGCCUGCGCCGCGCCAAAUCAGGAUGA